AUGAAUAAAGAGCCAAUCUUCUCCUCCCAACAGCUGAUCCAUAAACCCCGAGGUUUGUCCAGCAGCCAGUUAAAACACCUGACCGCCCAGCUGGAUUUGCAACGCCUCUGGAAGACUUACCUGCAGCCCAUGCUGGUGGAGAGGUAUCCCGGCAGCCAGGGCAACCUCAGGAUCCGGCAGUUCAUUGUGGAACGGUUGAAAGCCCUGAAAGCUUCUUGGCAGGUGGAAUUAGACGCUUUCGAGGACCGCACCCCGCAUGGCACAGUCAGCUUUGCCAACGUGGUGGCCACGCUUGACACCGCGGCCACCUGGCGCCUGGUCUUCGCCUGCCACUACGACUCCAAAUACUUCCCCCGAGACAGACACGGACGGGUUUUUGUGGGCGCCACCGAUUCGGCCGUGCCCUGCGCCAUCCUGCUGGAGCUGGUCACGGCGCUGGACAACCGGCUCCUGAAGGCCAAAGACCAGAAUUCCCCAGCCAGUUAUGACCUGGGCGUUCCGGUCCUCCACCUCAUCGCCACCCCGUUCCCCAGGGUCUGGCACACGCUGGAGGACACCGAAGCCAACCUGGACCGCCCGACCGUUGAGAACUUGAGUAAGAUCCUGGCUACCUUCCUGGCGGAAUACUUGGGCCUCUAAGGCGGACGGAGGCCCUUCCCAUCGUCCAAGGCCUCCGCGGUUCUACCCGGCGUGGAUGCGAUGAAAACGAUGGUUUUGCGGGAGGGGGUGGCCGUGGCCCAAGAGCCAGAGAGGCUCGCCAUGCUGUGGAUAAUGGGACAGGAGAUGGGUGGGGUCUUCUUGGCGCUCUGGAGGAGCCACCACGAAGGCGGUGGGAUGCGCGGCUGCCUCCCGCUGGUAGGAACCGCCCAUGACAACACGGUUGAGCGAGAAGAUCCAGGAUUGGCUCUGUCCUGCCACUGGGAUGGUCUGGGGCGUCUUAGAAGAGCGAAGCUUCGAGGAGGGGUGGGCUUCUUUCGCUCUUCGCAAGAGCCGUUGGGCACAGCCAAAGUUGGCCGCCUGCUCAAUCCAGAUUUUCUACCGAAACCAAGCACGGCUUGAAGUAGUCGGCGGAAAGCCCCAGUGCUUGAUCCCCUGGAGUGGACAAGGGGUCCUAAGACUCCUAACCCCCCCCCCCUUAUUUUUUUCUUCUGAGAAAAGUGGGGCUUUUAAAAAAAAAUUAAAAUCCGGACUUUUAUUUAUCUCAGGAAAUCACUGGGUGGCGCACGCUCCUCUUUCAAAAUUGAAAGCAUCCUUGAAUCCGGCGAUUUAUAAACACGGAGGGGACAGGAUGCCCUUUCUGAGCAUUUCCUGUUGCCCAUUUCUUGCAAGUAAAAAGCUAGCACAUCAGGGACUUUUUGACCUUAGCCUAGGGGUGUCCAACCUUGGAUUCAGCUGAGGAAUUCUGGGGUUUCAAGUCCACAUCAUUUUUAAAAGUCGCCAAGGUUUGCGCACCCCUUGCCUCGGCCCUUCUCUUGCCGUGCAAACUUUGUCGUUAUUUAGAGAAAAGCAUUUGUGUGUUUUUCCAAGCAACAUUCCUCCUCUCCUGUCACCUGCUGUGGUAUAACUUUGUUUUUCCACUGUGGGGCUUUAAGGACGCAUUCCUUCCUGUCGUUUCGGGGGUUGAUUUAAGCCCCCCCCCCCUGGAUUUCAUUUUGGGGGUGGAGGGUGGUCAAAACCCCCUUUCCAAUAAAAGUUGUCUCUUUUCUUUUUGUGGCUGUCCAAAUUUCCUAAGCCCCUCGGGAUGAUUUGGUGAGGGAAAUGGAACUAAGUUCAACGCGCUGCAAUUUGCUGGAAUUCCGAUAUUUGGGGAAAUCAAGGCUGAAUGGGACUUGAAGAAAGCAGAUUUUUAAAAAAAUAGACGUGUAAAGGAGAAUGUCAUAGGACUGGGAUGGAGAAACUAUGGAAGAGACACAUUUGCCGGCUCGGCAGCUGAACUUCCGGUUGGCCCGUUGGGCAUGUUUUUCCGGCUUCAGGAAAGCCUCUGGACCCUCCGGAGGGUGGGAAUGCCCCCUCCCCCGUGUGGUGGUCAC